AUGGAGUGCCUGACGGAUCUGAAUAUACUCGCUCUUAUAAUCGAUCACAAGCGUUCGCUGGCCCUCAUACCGCUACCAGCGCUCAAAUUAGCGUUGAACGUUCUUCAUCCAUCAGUUCGAGCGGACGUCAUCUCUGGAUACGAUCACCUUCAUGCCCUUUCGUACCAUCUGCAAGAUGGACAGCGGUAUUUGUGCGCGGCAACCUCGGCGAAGAUUCACGUUCUCAAGUACAGCCAAGCCCGAGAUGUCUUCACGGGGCAACAGGUGAUUGAAACGAGAGAACCGGCAAUGUGCAUGCUGUCAACGGCGAACGGCUUCUUCUUCGGAGCAGACAGCUUCUACUUUGUCCAGUUGUCACGAGGCCAGUUGGAACCCGUACGUUUGGUUGAAUCGAGUGUGGCAGACUAUCCGAUUGCGCUGCUCCAAAUUCGAGAAGAUGAAGUACUUCUUGCCUACCAAAAUUACGGAAUAUUUGUAAAUUCGCGAGGAGAGCGAACAAGAAAUCAGACGGUGGAGUGGGAACAUAUGCCCAUGGAGUUUGUGUUCACCGCACCAUAUCUUUAUGUUGUUCACUACGACUCGAUCGAAAUCCUGCAAGUGGCGGAAUAUACGGGACCGGACUCGGGCACGAUAUUGGACGAACGGGAGGUAUUCGAGUGUCGCAAUGCGCACGUGGUGUGCUGUCGUCCGAACGGCGACGUCUUCAUUCUCCAU